AUGAAAGAAACUAAGCCUUUCAUGGCAGUGACUCAUUUGCCUACGGCCUUCGUCUUUGCUGCAGUCUUCUUCCUGAUCGUCGGCUCACAAGCUUCUGCAGUUUCGAAGGCUGAUAAGCCUCUCCAGUUCACAUACUCCGGGCCCAAAGGCCCGAACCAGUGGGCGAGCCUGAGCCCGAGCUUCUUUCUCUGUGCGACUGGAAAAUCUCAGUCGCCAAUCGAUAUUAUCACUGGUGGAGCUGUACCGAGUAAGACGUUGAAGCCCCUGGUCAGGGAGUACAAUGCCGUGAAUGUUACUUUGGUCAACAACAAGUACACUGUUGCGAUUGAAUACCCUGAACACACAGGAGAGAUAAUUGUAGAUGACAAACACUAUUCCUUGAAGCAAAUGCACUGGCAUUCUCCUUCUGAGCAUAGAAUCAAUGGAAAAAGAUUCGCUGCCGAGCUUCACAUGGUGCACAUUUCUGAGGACGGUAAUGUGUCGGUGGUGGCGACCCUUUUCAAAUAUGGAAAACCCGAUCCGCUUCUCGGAAAGAUAAACGACAAAAUGAAUGAUCUGGUUUACGAGGCCAAAAAUCGCGAGGCGAGUCCAAUUACGAUCCAGGGGUUUCAUCCGGUGGAAUUAAGGGAAACUUCUAGAAAGUACUACAGAUACAUAGGCUCCGGCAGCGUUCCGCCUUGCUCGGAGAAUCUCAUGUAUCUUGUACUUGGAAAGGCGAGGUCAAUAUCAAAGGAACAAGUGGAGGCACUGAAGGCUCCUCUAGACGUGAGGUGCAAGUUUAAUGCCAGGCCAUGUCAGCCAAUCAAUGGAAGACAGGUGGAGGUAUAUGAUGGUUAG